AUGAUGAAGUUCAAGCCGAACCAGACUCGGACUUACGACCGGGAGGGAUUCAAGAAGCGAGCGGCCUGCCUGUGCUUCAGGAACGAGCGGGAGGAUGAGGUGAGACUCGCCCCCGUGUGAGGCGGCCAGGCCGGGGGGGGGAACCGGGCGCUGGGGAACUACAACAUCCAUCAUGCUUUGUCAGCCGCCGAGCUGGUAGCGCCUUGUGGGAGUUGUAGUUCUAACUGAGAGUGAGCCUCUAUCUCCCCCCAAACUGUGAGGACACUGGCUGCACACUGGGUGCUCUGUCUGGGGCCCCUCCCUGGCCCUCUGUGUUACCUGGCCCUCUGUGUUAUUGCUGCAUCCCCCUCCCCAGCCCUCAAUACACAGGCCUGCCAUACACCGGCAAUGGCCAGCCUGGGCCCCCACAUAGCAUGCUGACACUGCCAUGGAGGGAAGGAAACAUGUGGGCUACCUGGAUAUCCUCCCAGGCCCUGUCUCUCAGGGGGGACUCCCUGUUACCCAUACCCAGGCCUGCUAUGCUGUGUGUAACAUGUGUCCUUACCAUGGCACCCUGUGGCAGUACCCUCCUCCAGUACUGUACUGUACACCAGCCUUUAUUGGUUGAGUAAUUGAGGAGUUUUCAUGCUCCCCCUUUUUUCUUCUAAAGACAUUUUUGUGGCAAUUGUAUAGCACUACAUUGCAAAAACUACUAUCCACUUGGAUGUAUCUUGUACAAGCUUAUCCCUGUUUCACUUAUCUUUGCUGCCCAGAUGUUGUAUGUCUUGAACUAGAGGGCACAGCCCAUGGUUUACAUCUGUGUUGACCAUCUACUUUAACCAUGUGUGCAAUCUGGUGUAGAUAUCAAAUUAACCAUAUAUCAUGGCAGACUUUACAUAUGAGAAAUAAAGGAAGUACAGAGGAUCAGAAUAAACUGUGUCACCCAUUUGCAAUCUGAUUUAGCUGUGCUAACUAUUGCAGAUUUUGCAUUGGCUGUAUACGUAGAUUGAAAAUGUAUAGUUUUCUGUUCCGUGAUAAUGUGUGUGUGUGUGUGUGUGUAUAUUGUUGCAGCUAGUGAUAUUGGAGAACUAAGAUCAACUACUAGGCAGCCAGUCAGUGUCUGUUACUCUUCUUAAUUGUCAUAGAAGAUCACAUCUUCCCACACAAUUCUUGAUUUGUCUAGGAGGAGACAAGCACUGUCAGACUCAGAAGUAAUCUCUUAUCCUGUUGGGGUGUAAUUAUUAUGUUUUUGUCUUUUGGCACACACUGUUCUUACAUCAUUAAAAAAAAAAAAAAAAAAAUUCUUACUUGCUUUGUUUCCCAGGUAUUUGUACUUUGACAAACCAUUAAAGUUUGUUAAACAGUGUUAGACUAAAUUGCCCUAUUUUUUUUUUUUUUUUACACUAAACAUAACUGAAGUAAUUUUGUAUCUAGUUUAUUUUUACACUGUAGUGUAACCUCCUCUCCAGAGCCACCUUCAUGUGAUGAGCUACCAUGGCCAAAUGUAAUCUAUUUCCUUAUUGUCAUAGCUUUGUCAUUACAUGAUAAGUUUGAGCUGGCUGCUGUGAGUUUCAUUUUUUUUUUUUUUUUAUCUGUACAGUCAGUUGCACAUACGACUGUAACUUGAUCUUGUCAUUUCGUUUAAUGUUAUAUGGUUUGAUUUAUUUGAUGCUUAAAGCCCAUGUAUAGUUGGAAAAUGAUCUUCUGAGACAGUUGCGCUCUGUAGACAUGACAUUCCAAUGUCUGCAUAGUCUACUUCAUGGGUCAAGCCUGAUCUGGAUCACUCUUCCAGGAGAAUACAUGAAUCACUCUGUGAUAUGAGUCACAGAGUUCAAUAAGUUACUUACCUCUGAUUAUUUUAAAGCAGUAAUUAGGGAUGUAAUAAUUAUCAUGUAACAUGCUUUCAAAGUUCAUACUAUAACAGAGCCAGUCCUCCCCUUUACUUGUAUUCAUCUGUUCCUCUUCUCUGAUAUAACUUGAAUUUUGUAGGAUGUUUUAUACACACUAAACCACGUUAGCUCCUAGAAAAUAAGAGAUGCUUGGAUACAGAAAGAGAUGUUUCCCCCUAAUGUGAGCACUGGGAAAGAAUAUUAUUUAUUGACAUUUGUUAAAUGUUACAACUUACUGACAAUAUGUACAAUUGGGUUGUGUACAUAGUUGUGGAGUAGUACUUCUAUCCAGAUAAUGCUAAACAUAAAAAUCAAUACAAGGUAGUCACUUAAAAUACUUUGUCACAAUAACAUAUGCUAAGAACAUGUUGCAGUGCUUGGUGCAUUCCUUUAAUGCCUCCUUGAAUGCAAUUAUGUAUAUUUGAUUUGCUUUGGAAAAAUUCAAACGGCUAUAACCUAAUCUCUCAGUGGCAGACAUCACAGGAGAAAAAUUAGCUUUCACUUCUGCCCAGCAAUAUACUUGGAUGAAUACUAUACAAGUCUCCACUUCUCUUGAGAGACUACUUCAAGGCUUUCUUACAAAAUUGUCAAUACAACUGAAAACUACCAUAGUGCAGCUGCUGUUCACACGCGCACACACACAUACACAAAGCCUUUAGAGUUCAUUGCACUCUGGCUCAAUUUUGUUAUAUUGCUGGGUGCUAUCAGCCAAGGCUCCAGUAUCCAGUAGGUAAACAGAUAGCUUAGCACUUGCAGUCUUUAAGGUAAAACUCCAUGCUUUAUUGAAGAAAUAAUUAAAAGUUGCGUUUAACGUUUCAGUCCCCAUUCAGGACAUUUCUCAGGAUAAUACAAAAAAGGUCGCGGUCCUGAGGAAAGUCUUGAACGGGGACUGAAAUGUCGAUGCUAAGCUAUUUGUUUAAUUUAUAUAUUAUAAAUAAAAAAUCUUUGUUUCUGUUCAAUUCAUCUUUGGGAUUGGUGGUAAGUAAACUACAACUUAUAGAAACCUCUGCUAGGAAAUUAUAGCGUUUGCGAAACUGCCUUUAACAUUAGAGGGGGAUGGGGUUAUGAAUAAAAAGUGGUACAGAGCACUAAAGGCAAGGGCAGUCACUGUUGAACCAGCACGAGCACAGCAUUGGUCACUUGGCCCAUUUUCCAUGUUUGCACCAUUUUUUAGAAUAUAAAUAUAUAUAUUACACACACACACGCGCGCACACACACACGCACGGCUGGCUGCACUCACCUGAACAUGCUUAAAUGGGGUGCUGCCGGGGGCCAAUAAGUACAGUAAAAAUGAAAAUCCAGUGCGGUACUUUGGUGCUGACAGAUUUUGCUAUUUUAUUAAAAACACCUAAUCUAGGCAAAACAUAUUUUUUGCCUAGAUUAGGUGUUUUUAAUAAAACUAGCAAAAUCUGUCAGCACCAACGUAGCUGUUUAGUAGAUAAGGGCGUGCACUGGAUUUUCAUUUUUAAAAUAUAUCUCACACACACACACACACACACACCACCACCCCACCCCCUCCCAAUCCUCUACUCUAAUUUAAUUUGCCCUGCUUGUGAACGCUUCCCUAAGCAGGGCGAACCUCCUCAAUGACACUGAUACGUUGGCUUUACUAUACCCCCUAAGCAGCGCUAGAUGCUAGGGAGUUUCCAUAGCAACCACUGCCCAUGUGCUAUGGGUGCUAUGCUUGGGAGCAUUUGUCUACUCUCCUUUGUCAGUCAAAUCGUAAGCGUAGAGUAUUUGACUGAGAAGUAGGAGAAAGACCUAUUUUUAAAUGGGGUUUUUAUACAACUCUAUAUAUUUGCUAGCAAAUCUAUUACUACCAGAUUAAAUUGCAUGGUCUUUCCAAAAAGCAUAAGUAGUUUGGCAUAUGGCAAGUCGGUUUGAAAAUGUGACACUCCAGGCACACCAAUAACUGUUAAUGGAAAAAAAACAAUGGUGCGAGUAUCUUUCUAUAUCGUAUUCCACUUAAGUUUAGCAAUUUGUAGCAUAUAAGGGACGCUCAGCGGUCAACAUGUUUGUCUUUAACCCUUUCCAGAGGUUGGGGCGUGCUAUGUCUUCCUACAAAAGGAGGGCUUUAAUGCUGUUAGGGCAUGCUCUAACGAGUGGGCCCGCCCUCCGUCCGAAAUACACACCCUUCUUGCCGGAUCUGAUAGUGGGGGGGGGGAUUGGCUGACAACCAAGGCUGUCCCCCUGCAGCCGAUCAGUCACUGCAAUCACAUUGCUCUGCUCAGCUGGAUAACAAGAUUGGCCAGGGCUGUCAGACAGAUCCCCCAAUAUAUAACUAAAAAAAUUAAUUAAAAAAAAUAUAUAAAUAUACUCUUAGAAUUAAAUUAUAUAUUAUUGUACUUAUUAAACACAGCUGAACACAAAUAUCAGUGUUUUUAGAGCAGUAAAAUGUAUGUCUGAGUUUUUGUGUGGAAAAAAUGCAAAAAACAAAUAUGAACUCUAGCUUUGGUCUGGGUUUGUGACUGUUGCUGACAUCCCCAUUUAAAUACUUGGCCAGGCAUAGGCAGGCUUUUGGACUGCACCUCCCAUGUUGCUUUGCAAGCAUUAUGUGUGUGUAUAUACAGGGGAUGUAGACCACAACAUCUGCAGUGCCGAAGGUUGCCUACCUCUGCCCUAGGUUCUUUUUUUUUUUUUUUGCAAAUUUUAUGCUGUCCUAGGGGAAAUUUACAUUCCUGGACUGCCAUACGGUCUCAAAGGCAACAUCGGCUCAGCAAACCAAUCUGGCAAAUUCCAAUGUGUAAUAACUGAAAUAGGCAAGCUCUUUAUUUGACCCUAUAAUGUUCCAAAACACCAUGAUACCAGUACAUUGGGACAUUGUUGUACUUGUGGGAUAUAAUAGCAUACAAAUGUGAACGUUUUUGUUUUUUCGUUCAGUAAAAGCUAUCCAUAUUAUGACAUUCACAGUUUAAAAUGUCAUGCAGAACAUUUCUUAAUUUCUCAAACUUUUUUUAAAAAAAAAUUAAAUAGUAUUCACAUUAAAUUGUUUCAUAUAUAAAUACUACAUGAGAAAUAAAACCUCUACUUUCUUGAACAAAAUUAUAUAUAAUAAGUGUAGGUGCAUUUAAUUUGAAAGAGGUAAAUAUAUGGUUGAAGAGACAUGUAGCGCUAAUUCUCGGUUUUGGUUUUUGUUCAGAACUUGGACAAUUGCCUGUGUCCUUAAAGGACCACUAUAGGCACCCAGACCACUUCAGCUCAAUGAAGUGGUCUGGGUGCCAGGUCCAUCUAAGGUUAACCCUGUAGCUAUGUUUAGGGUUAAUCCAGCCUCUAGUGGCUGUCUCAUUGACAGCCGCUCUUAGGCGCUUCCCACUGUGAAAAUCACAGUGAGAAGACGCUGACGUCCAUAGGAAAGCAUUGAGAAAUGCUUUCCUAUGGACUGAUUGAAUGCGCACGCGGCUCUUGCCGCGCAUGUGGCGGAUGACGUCGGAAGAGGGAGGAGAGUCCCCAGCGCCGAGGUAGCUCAGUGCUGGAGAAAGGUAAGCAUUUAACACCUUCCUCCCCCUUCAGCCCGGCGGGAGUGGGACCCCGAAGGUGGGGGGGGAUGUAAACACCCUAUACAGCCAAGAAAACUAGUUGUUUUUUUUUUUUUUUUCUUGGCACUAUAGUGGUCUUUUAAGGGGUUAAAUUUGCCAUAAUUUCAUUUAUGGUAAUUGAUGCAUUACAAGAGAAAAUUUUGUAGAAUUAUUGAGAAACUCGUGAGUUGUAGACAAUACAAUAAAAUGGUAAGAUAGAUGUAACAAUUCUGAUUAGGUGCACACUUCCUUUUUGCAAAUGCACUACAAGUGGUAAAAUUUUAAAGGCAUCCUAUAGUGCUGCCAGGAAAACAAACCCGUUUUCCUGCCCCUCCAGGCUCCUGGAGUGUCCCCCCUCCUGCGUUGCUGAAGGGGUUAAAACCCUUUCAGCCACUUACCUUCAUCCAGUGCCGAUGUCGCUCAGUGCUGGGACAGGCUCCGCCCACGCAGAUGUUAUGGGGAGUCCUAAUACGCAUGCGCGGCCAAAGCUUACCUAUGGGUAGAAUCUGUUGGAGGUCCAUGAGGUGAAUCUCUGCAAAGGAGAAGUGCUCAGUAACACAGAUUUAGAUUUGUGAACAAUAUUUGAGAGAAAUCGGCCUUUUGUGUACAUAGAAAAAGCCUUAGAUAUUUGAGUUCAGCUCAUGAAAAAUGAGGGCAAAAACAAGUGUUGCAUUUAUAAUUUUGUUAAACACACCCCCCCCCUGCACUCAGGCUAUAGGUAUAAAUAUAUAUACUUGCCGGGUGCUUAGCCAAGGGCUUUAAAUAUCCAGCAAAAGGUAGUGAUGGCAGCACGCACGGUCUUCAGUAAAAAAUCUUUUAUUAAGCAAGGUUUAAAACAUAGGAUCUAGGCUAUAACGUUUCAGUCCACCCAUGGGACUUUCAUCAGGAUCCCAUGGAUGAAGGCGCAUAGCCCCUGCAGGGGAGAGCAAUCUUUCAUACACCUCCUGGUUAGAUCAUUUAUUUGUGCAUUGGGUAACCAUUUUAUCUUUUCUCUGGUAAGACAAGAAUAUGUUGGAGGUAAUUUACUAUUUUAUAUCAUUUUAAUAUUAAAGGAACACUAUGUGUAAAGUCUUGAAUUGGUGUUUUUUUCCAGCACAGAAAGAAAGUCUGUGCAUGUGAAAGAGGAGAGGUAUUGGCUGUGUUUUUCACAUACCCUCAAAAACAACAUGCAUUCUUUGGUAGUAUAUCUGCUAAAUUGUAAAAAAAAAAAAAGUAUAUAUAAUUUUUUAUUUUUUUUUUUUCAAUGGAGUGUUCCUUUAAAUGUAAACAUGUAGGUAAGCAUUUUAGAAUGAUCGCCUUAGGUGUGGCCUGUUAUCCAAGUGUAAAAUUCUGACACUUAUCAGACUUUUUUUUUGCACAAUCACUGGUGUCUAUGAAAUUCACGUUGGUCCACUAGAAUGAUGCAAGUAUCUGAGGAUGUUACUUGAACAGUGUACACCCCUAACCCUGCUACUUAAAGUGUUGGUGUUCACAGUUUUGGCGUUAUCUGUACUAAAACCUGUUAGUUACUCAUAACCGUUACAGCUUGUUGUAGUACCCAGUCGCCGUGGCUGCACUCGCAUUAGGAUCUUCCGGCGACGCUGGAAGUCCUAAUGCAUAGUGUGAGGAUGUCCAGCGUUGUUUAGACCAGUGUUCUCCAACCCAGUCCUCAUGGACCACUAACAGUUUUUAGGAUUUAUGUAUGUCCCUGUUUUAUUCUUGUCAAAUAUAUUUUAUUAGAGGUGUUUUUUUUUUUUUUUCCCUUCCAUAUAUUAUUAUUAUUAUUAUUAUUAUUAACAGUGAACAAUAGUAACAGACACAAUACAUAUAAAUGGGAUGGGUAAACUGGGAGAAAAGUGUGUGUGUGUGUGUAUGUAUAUAUAUAUAUAUAUAUAUAUAUAUAUAUAUAUAUAUAUAUAUAUAUAUAUAUAUAUAUAUAUAUAUAUAUAUAUAUAUGUGUGUGUGUGUGUACAUCAAAUUAAAGAAUAAAACAGUAUAUUAAUAUAUCGCUUAUAGCAUUAUUUAACCCCUUAGUGACCAGACCAUUUUUCAAUUUUCUUAGCGUUAAGGACCAGGGCUGUUUUUACAUUUCUGCGGUGUUUGUGUUUAGCUGUAAUUUUCCGCUUACUCAAUUACUGUAUCCACACAUUACAGUAUAUACCAUUUUUCUUGCCAUUAAAUGGUCUUUCUAAAGAUACCAUUAUUUUUAUCAUAUCAUAUAACUUACUAUAAAAUAUGAUGGAAAAAAUGUAAACACACUUUUUGGAACUUUGACCACCAAAAUGUUAUGCAUCUACAACUGCCAAAAAACACCUGUGCUAAACCGUUUAUAAAUUUUGUCCUGAGUUCAAAAAUACGCACCGUUAACAUGUUCUUAUCAUUUUUAAAUUUUUUUGCAAGUUAUAGGGCAAUAAGUAAAAGUAGCACCAUUUUUUUUUUCUUCAAAAUUUACAUUGUAAUAUCUAAUAUCUGUCAGGAAUCCCUGAAUAACCCUUCACAUGUAUAUAUAUUUUUUUUUAAAAGAAGACAACCUAAGGUAUUAAACUUGGGGUAUUUUGACUCUCUUCAUGCAACCAUUUUACCACCAAUCAAUGCCAAAUGUAAAAAAAAAAUUUAAAAAAUUUAUAUUUUUUUUUUAUUUUUUCCCCCCCCUUUUCUUUAACUAAGGGACAUAAUCAUGAAAUUUAGAAUGUUUAUAUAAUUGACAAGGCUGUCAUGCCUGGCUUGCUGCAAGGGGGCAGUAUAUUAUAUAUAUAAUUUUUUUUAUUUUUUUUUGCUCUUUACUUAGCCGAGUUCUAUCAACCUUACGGUGACAUUUAUCCAUACAGCAAGUUUCCAUAAUUAACUUAGUUACCUCAUUAGCAUAUUCUGUGGUUUCAUAUCUGUUUGUCAAUCUACAUUCCAAUUAGGCCUGUUCCUUUCCUAGACAAAGUGCUAUUUCUCCUCCUAUGCAUAUGUGUUGCUUGUUAUUAUAUGACAUUACAAUACUAAUGCUUUCCAAGCAUGCAUAGUAUGGCCGUUAUGUUCACACUUGCGUUUGGUCUUCAUUUGCAUUCCAGUGUUUUUAAACCUCGGUUUUGGUAAAUUCUAGUUGCAUGCGGGUAUGUAUUGUAUACAGUCCUAAAUUACUACGUGCGUCCUCUCGUGUUCACUGGUUCAUAAACAAGGUGCUUAUUGAGUUACUCAAUGGGUUACACUGCGGUCUCUCGACUCUCAUAUCCUACUAAGACAGACUUUAGCCCUUCCUUUGGGCAUUAAGUUCAAUUACCAUUCAGCUUACAUGGGUAGGCGUAAGUAGCUUGUACCAAACAUCUGAAAAGCCGCCACUGAACCCACAUGUUAUCAUUAAAGGACCACUAUAGGUACCCAGACCACUUCAGCUUAAUGAAGUGGUCUGGGUGCCAGGUCUAGCUAGGAUUAACCCUUUCUUCUAUAAACAUAGCAGCAGUUUCAGAGAAACUGCUAUGUUUACAUUAGGGCUAAUCCAGCCUCUAGUGGUUGUCUCAUUGACCGCUGCUAGAGGCGUUUCUGCGUUUCUCACUGUGAUUUUUCACACUGAGAAGACGCCAGCGUCCAUAGGAAAGCAUUGAGAAUACUUUCCUAUGGACUGGCUGAAUGCGCGCGCGGCUCAUGCCGCGGAUGCGCAUUCAGCCGAUGACGACGGGGAGAGUCCCCCGCCGGGCGCUGGAAAAAUAGGUCAAUUUAACCCCUUCCACUCCCUAGAGCCCGGCGGCAGGGGGGCCCUGAGGGUGGGGGCACCCUCAGGGCACUAUAGUGCCAGGAAAACGAGUAUUUUUUCCUGGCACUAUAGUGGUCCUUUAAUACAUCCACUAAGUCACGUACUACCUAUAUGUGGCCAUCUUGCCGUUAAAGAAUUACUAUGGGCUCAGCCUUUGCUUGUAUACUUAAGUCGCAAGCCUCCCUAGGCCUUCACAACAUACUUUGUAUUGCCAUCAGGGUGCUUUUCGCUACCAGCUACUUUCAGCCCACCAUUUUGGGCACUGCAUAUGGAUGCUGUCCUGCUGUUGGGGAUUAUGCACUGCUCUAGCAUACCAUGGUCAGAGUACACCAUCCGGUUACACGGCCACGCUAACCGUGCGGCCUACACUCAGGACAUUCCAGAGGGACCAAAUUUCCCUCAUUAUGGAGGUCUAUCCAACCCCCCCUCUGAUAUUCAUUUCCUGACCGUGAACUAGAUACGUUGUUUAAUGCAAACUUAAGGUCCUUCAGAAAUACCUCUAAACCUGGCCUCACUAAGCCGUCACUACUUACUUCAAUAUGUCACAGUGGAUUAACGCCAUAUGGGCAUUCUUGAAAGCUGGGUAUGGAGCUUGGCUGGGAAAAACGGUUAUCUCAAAUGUUUUUAAGUCACUACCUAUACACCCAUCACUGGCAUUUACAUGGAUUCAAAAUAGGUCUUUACUAUUUGUAUGCAUACCUGUACCUGGCUGGGGAAACAGGCGACCCCAAUGCUUGAAGACUGCCUAUAGACGGACAGGAAUUAAGGCACUAUGAGAGUUUCUAGACGCCAACCCAUCUGAACUCCGUACGACUAUUACAAUCUAGCGGCCAUGCACGUAAAAUGUUAUGGAUUCCUACACCCUAACGAACUACGAUUUGGAAGAUUAUCCUGUACUCCGGUUUACUUUAGCAUAAUGGACCUACACAAGCAGGGAGUCUGUUACAACUACGACGUUCCGAGACACAUUAGAUGUGCCCCAUGAUAGAGAUCCCAUGCUAUCCGACCCACGACAAAUGGGAUCCGGUGGAAGUGUUUGGAUACUUUUGCCUCUCUUACAGAGCAACAGAGCUAAACACCCCUAUUUACACUACACGACAAACCACUUACUACCGUUAAAUUCAUGUUCUACAUGAGGACCCUAGCUACUAGAUUAGGCUAUGACCCAUGGAUCAUCACAGGUCACUCCCUUAAGUUCAGCGCCGCUUCCAGCUGGAAUGUGCCAGCACACACAAGCAAGGAAUUAUGUUGGUGGAUAUCUGCAGCUUACAGCAAGUACAGUCCACAGCCUGAGAGAGAAUUCAGGAAAGCCUUCAUAGAAAGGGUUCGGUAACUAGUAUCCGUAUUAAAGUGUUACAAUUAAACUUUUUGGGGCUCCUUUUUUUCAGGCCUACCUGAUCGUCGGUUUAGGUACACCACAACCGUCUCUCAUACAUAGCCCACGGCGUUAUAUACAUAUAUUUUUAUAAAAACUGCAAUAAUUACAUGCUCCGGGUUAAGGGUGAUGGGAGUUUGCACCCAAACCGCUGAAGUGGUCUGGGUGCCUACAGUGUCCCUUUAACAUUACCCAGGACUCUGUGUUGGCUGGUGACACUGCUGGAGGUGGAAUAAAGGGUUAAACUGUCUGCAGGGUUUUACAGCUAAACUCUGCACAAAUAUAACUCUUAAUGCAAAAAAAAUAACCCUCAAACACCCCCAUAGGAUGUCUAGAUUGUUUUUGGUACUAGGGCAUUAAACACUGUUUUUUGUUGUAAUCACUCCCCCCAAUUAAAGGGGGGGGGGGAGAGGGGAAGCUUAGCCUUGCUGAAGAGCGAGGUAGGUCAGACCAGAGAGGAUAGAUGUAGGUGUGGGUUGGCUGUGGUGCUUUACAUGCUGGUGUCAGAUGCCAAUAUUGGACAGAAUUUGCAAACACUACCCAGACUCCUGGCAAAAUAAAAUAAGAUUUGUAGUACACGCUAUCCUAGUGGCAGUCUUUAUGUAAGUCAAUUGCUGUCCGUUAGGAGUUUCUCUGAUGCCACUAGCACGAGGUGCUCCCUAUAUAAAAGAAUGAAAUUUCACCUACCUACCUUUUUGUUUAUUCUUGUCAAUAACCUGUAAGAUAAAAUAAUUGUAAUACUAACAUUAAUGUACCGUAGUUCUUUAAAAAAAUAUCCAUGAGUUCUCCACAUUAGCCCUCAAAGGACCACUAAAGGCACCCAGACCACUUCAGCUUAAUGAAGUGGUCUGGGUGCCAGGUCCAGCUAGGUUUAACCAUUUUUGCUGUAAAUAUAGCAGUUUCAGAGAAACUGCUAUGUUUACCUAUGGGUUAAUCCAGCCUCUAGUGGCUGUCUCAUUGACCGCCGCUAGAGGCUCUUCCGCGCUUCUCACUGUGAUUUUCAGUGAGAAUGCUUUCCUAUGAGAAUGGCUGAAAGCAUUCAGCCAGGCACGUCAGAAGAGGGAGGAGAGUCCCAGCGCAGAGGGAGCCCGGCGCUGGAAAAAAGGUAAGGGAUUAACCCCUUCCUCCUCCUUCAGCGCCACGGGAGUAGGAACCCUGAGGGUGGGGGGCAAGUGUUUUCCUGGCACUAUAGUGGUCCUUUAACGCACACCUGUCUUUUUUACUAAUAAUAAUGAAAAGCUGUCUAUUGUGCUGAAAUGUAAUUAAAGGAACAUAACCAGUCAUGUCCAUUCAUUGGCUGAGAGCAUCCCUGAUUAUUAGGGCACCUGGGACUAGCACACUUCAUACAACAGAUAAUAGUGGGAAAAGAGCUGGAAGUUAGACAUCUAAACUACUUGGCAGAAGAUUUACAAUCUUGCUCCUGCUCCUUCACAGCUAUCAAAAGUGCAAAAAUGCUAAAGAGAAAUAAUCUUGUAUGAUGUAUGUCCUUCCUUCUGCUUCCAAGAAGUGGGACAUGCCUAACGCAAAGCCUCCAUGUCUAAGCGUCAUAAAUCAUGGAAUUGCCUUUUCUCAUUAAAGUGAAUUAAUUAGAACCCAUGCAUGUCCAUUAGAGCCACAGUCUUAUUUAAGGAACAUUUAUGAAUGGAUAUGGUAACUCAUAAAUAUUUAUGCCACAUUAAAUUUGGGCAGGGUUCACCCUCCAUGUUUUAUAUACAAGUUCUAUUCUGACAUAUUUUAAUGUGUUUUCUGUUCAAGUAGCUUAAUUCUACAUACUGGUACAGGUUACUGAUAAUUCAUAUUGGCAUUUUAGAUACUGAUUGUGACAGGCAUAUGGUAGAGGUGUUUUUUUUUUUUUUUUUGCAGAAAAGUAAUCAUACAUUUUAAUUACAUUAUCAUUUUUCAGGGUAUAUGUUUGAGUAAUAAUAAAUGGAUCUUAGUCCCACACUUUCUCUGCAAACGUGCUAAAAUGGUGUACUGGUUAGUAUGGAUGCACUGUACAAUAUACUUACUGUUUUUCAUUUUAGAGUUCUUUUGCAUUCUCCCUCGUGUAUGCUUUCUUGCUUGGUUCUCCUGUCAGGUAGGGCAGGAGCUUAAAGGAACACUCAAAGCACCAUAACCACAACAGCCCAGUGUAGUGGUUAUGUUGUCAGGAAUGGUUGGCAACUUACCUGGUUCCUCAUACACUUAUGGUGCAUCUGGCUUCUCCUGCAGGAGAUAACGGAUUUUUCACCUAGAGCUAAGCUUUGCUCAAGGCAGGGUUAUGCACAUUGGCUGACAGAGCCCAACUGAUGCCAAAGAGCUUGGCUACAGAGUCCUGCUUAGUUAUGUGAAGCUAACUGGAUUCCCUUGCAAGGGGAUGGUGAGAAAUGGCAUUAUAACAUUCAUGGGAUAUGAAAAUAACAUUAAUAUGCAUAAAUUACUACAAAACAAUAUGUAUUGUAAAACUCGUAUUCCAUCAGUAGCAAUAAGGAAGUCGCCAUUGCGAGUAGCACUGAGCUUGAAGAUGAAUGACAUUGCAUAAACAUGCAGCACUUGUACUAGUUUAUUUGAUAAGGCUCCCCAGCAUGUUCUUCCAGCAAAAUCCAGCCCGCCACACCAAAGAACUUGGACAGCAUUUCUAGAGCAGGUAGCGUAUACUUUGUAUCCAGAAUGGAAGGUGGUUAUGGAUAGAAUGUGAGACAUUGCAAAACAUACUUAGUAGGACAUAGGACAGGUAAAGGUUGUUAGCAUAGUGGAGAGAUAAAUAUGGUUUGUGCCUGCUCUUAUAUAUGUAUUUAGGUGUAUGGUUUUGGAGAACUUUUCUAGAUGUGAACCACUGUUUGUAAUUUAAUCCCAAAGAACAGCACAACAGCAUAAGGAUUGACAAAGGGGUGAAGUGGGAGAAGUCUUGUCAGUGGAGGGAGAUAAGCCUGGCAGCAGUACUUGCUGCAAACAAGAGCUGGGUAAUGUGAGCAACUGUGAGGUAUAGAUUGCCGUAAUCAAGUUUGGAAAUAAGUGAGUGAGCAAGAGCUUUGGUUGCAUCUUAUGCAGGGGACAAAUACAAGCUAUAUUUUUUAGAAGUGAGCUGGAAUUAAAGAUUGACUGGAUCAAAAAAGAGAGGCCAGUGUUAAAAAAAAAAAAAAAAAAUACAAGGCAUUCUGCUUGUGAACUAGUUUGUAGUAGAGCUAGUAAGCUCAAUGUAAUUCACAGAAUCGAUUUCUUGCUUUGGGCAUGACUAGUAGGUUUGGGAAUGAUAUAUUUUUUUUAGGUGCAAAAAUAGUAUGUUGAUUAUUUUUAUGUGAAGUGCAGAAUGGUGGCUCUGAAAUACUAGUGGAUUUUUAUCCCCAGUGGUCUGUUCUGAAAUGUCGUGCAAAGUUGUGAGAGAGCAACACUCAUCAGUAGAAUAUGCCUGCAGCUUUCUGUGGUCUCCAUGGUGACUAUAGGAGAGCAUGUCUUUCAGAAGACAGCACUCGCGUAAAUCUCCCCUAUUGUUUGCAUCUCCUCCAAUUUAAUGUGUGCUCAGGAUGUGCAAGGUUGUGUUGUUAAAUGCUAAAUCUUUAUUAUACAUUUAAAAGUAAAUGGGACAUCACAAGACUUAGAUGAUUUCCCUUGUUUUAUUCAAUAGUGUAAUUAAAAAAUAUUUUUAAAAAGCGGGUGCGAACAACUUUCCCAUUAAGAGUGAAAUAGUAUAGAUGUAACCUACAUGAGAGUUAGAUAAUUUCUUAACGUUAUGUUUGUCUAAAUUUAGCAAUUUGGAUUUCAGUUUCCUACUCCGUGAAUAACCUUGUAUGUUGUGGCCGCAAAUCUGCACCAAAAUGAAAAAUUCUGGCCGAAACCGAAAAUGAUUUAGUGCACUACAAUUCUGUGUUUAAUGUAUAAGCCCCUUGUAAAAUUGCAGAUGAAGCAAAACAAUAGACCCAAAAUGCAGGCCUGUCUCUUUGAGUGUAUAGGGCCAUGAUUUAAGUAAGGGAAUGCGGGGAAUGAACCUUCCAUUGCCAUCGAAACAGGAAGUCAGCCACCUAUUCGUAUAAUCUAUCAAUCAAACUAGCCUGCACUGCAGGUCAGGGAGAGAAAGGUAAGUACACAUGCCUGCCUUGCUGCCCAUUCACCUCUGGGCCCUGCCAGAUACUGUUAUAUUGGGCAGAGUAGGCACCUGCCAUGUGACUAAGCUAAGUAUAGUUAGCGUUGGGUGUCCCAAACACAAGCAUUGGCCCUGUAGGCAGGAGAAAACAUGGCAGGCAAUGAGCAAUCUGGGGGACACAACAUAGGGGAGAGAAAAGGGAAGAUAAUAAUAUAAAGAGGUGAAGAUGGGUCAUGACAUAUCUCCAGUUUUCUAAUUGCUUUGUGCCAGAACUGGAAUUUAGGAACACCUCUGAUCUGAACUCAUUGAGUUAUUUUCUAUAAAAAGCCCAAACCUUUAACAUUCAAAGUGGACAGUAUGGAAUGUGUGACCACCAUGAGAAAGUUUUGGUUUAUUGCAAUUCAAAACAUCUAAGCUUUAAACAACUUAUUAAAUUAGUUAAACAAAUUAGAUAAUUUCUUUACAGAUUAAAGACAGCUGAAAAAAGUUUCACUCUAAGACUAUUGGAACACCACUCCUGUUGGCCCUCCCGUUCUUUUCCAAUUUCUUCCCGUCAUGAAUCACCUCCCCCCCCUAGCUCCCUCAGAUUGGUCAGAUCCGGAGUGGUACAUUUCGGCUCUAGGAUCGACGGGCGGAGCGGUCCAUUGCAAGCAGCAAGAGGGAAGGGGGGAUUGUGUCUAGGUUGGGGCUGUGGGGCCUGCCUGGAUUUGUGACUCUUUAUCUCGCCAUGUAAAGAAGAGCAGUGGAGCAGGAAGCCAAUCAUAGGAUCGGUAACAAGCCAAGGAAAGACGGUCAGAGAAGAGAGACAUGGACAGCCAGGUAUUGAAAAAGAAAGGCAGGUACUUUAGUCAGAAUUAUGACCACUGGGUUUCAGGGAAUCCAAGAGCAGGUUUGAGUGAGGCUCAGGGCUAGAGAGCCGGACCCAGGAGACAAGGGGACUAGGAAGAUGGCACAGACAAGGGAACAUGGACUUAGAGAGGUUUGGAAUGGGGUAUGGGCAGAGAGGGAUUUGGGGGUUGUAAUUUUUGGCAGAUUAGGCCCAUUUUAGGCUGAAAAUUUCAGCAGCUGAAAUUUCAGUGCAUCCCUAAUAAUAAGCUUGAAGGGUUAUACACUAAAGUGAGAAUUGCUGGUAAUCGUAAGUGAAUGUAAAAUAUAAGGCUAGAGUAGAUAGACUGAAAAUUAUACAAAGCUUUAUGUUGAUAAUUAUAAUGUGAUUGUCUUCUAGUGCUUUACGAAUGUAGAAGAGGCCUGGGUGCAUGCUAAAGCAUUUUAAGUUUUUUUUUAAGUUGAUUUUUAUUUCAGAAUUUUUGUUAAAUACAAAAACAGUAAAAGACAUUUAUAAAAAAUAAAUAAAUUUGCAUACGACUACAAUAAAACCUUAUUCCGUUCUUAAUAAAUAAUACUGUUCUACCAUUAUUGUAUUUGAUUUUUUAAUUUGUUGUAUUUCUUUAUAUCCAUUAAUUACCUAGUAUGCAAAAAUAACAUACAUUGCUCAAAUUAUUUUCUCUUGACUGAAGGACUAAACACAAAAAGAAAAAAGGAGGCUGGUGGCUAACCUGCAAUUUCCAAGACUUACCCUGACUCAACAAUAGUAAUUUUUAUAAAGAAUUCAAUCUUUUUGUCAUCCCAAAAUCCAGUAUAUCUGAGUUUAUUACUGGGUGCUGGAAUAUAUUUCUCCAUAAGUAGUUGAAAAUUUAUUUGAGGUCUUAUCAGACACCAAUCAGGUUUAACCCCUUAAGGACUGGACUGUUUUUGCGAUGUUGUACAUUUGCGACCAGGCAUAUUUUUACACUUUUGUGGUGUUUGUGUUUGGCUGUAAUUUUCUGCUUUCUCAUUUACUGUUCCCAUACAAAUUAUAUAUUGUUUUUUUCAGGACAAAAGGGGCUUUCUUUACAUACCAUUAUUUAUAUAAUCUCAUGUAUUUUAAUUUAAAAAAAAUACAAAAAUCUGAUGAAAAAUUGAAAAAAUACAUGUUUUUUGACUUUUACUUGAAAAAUCUUUUACUCAUCUACAAAAGCGAAUGAAAAAAACUGCUAAAUAGAUUCAAAAUUUUUGUCCUGAGUUUAAAAAUACCUAGUGUUUACGUGCUUUUUUGCUUUUUUUUUUGCAUGUUAUAGGGCUAUAGGUACAAGUAGGAUAUUGCGGUUUCAAAACAUACAUUUUUAAAAUUUAUCAAUAGUGACAUUGUAACACUAUUAUCUGUCAUAAAUCUCUGAAUAACACCCCACAUGUACAUAUUUUUUUUAAAGUAGACAACCCAGGGUAUUCAAUAUAGGGUAUGUCCAGUCUUUUUUAGUAGCCACUUAGUCGAAAACACUGGCCAAAGUAAGCAUUCAUAUUUGUUUGUGUGUGAAAAAAGUAAAAAAACUAAAUUGAACGCUAAUUUUGGCCAGUGUUUGUAACCAAGUGGUUACUAAAAAAGACUGGACAUACCCCAUUUGCAAUACCUUGGGUUGUCUUCUUUUGCAAAUGGUAUGCCAUCAUGGGGGUAAUUCUCAUUCCUGGGCUACCAUACGCUCUCAAAGGCAACGUAACCAACCUGGCCAUUUUCAAUGUAAAAUAUUUGACCCAUAUAUUUGACCUUGUAACUUUCAAAAAUGCUAUAAAACCUGUACAUGGGGGUUACUGUUUUACUCGGGAGACAUCGCUGAACACAAAUAUUAGUGAUUAAAAACUGGAAAACGUAUCACAACAAUUAUAUCAUCAGUAAAAGUGCUGUUUGUGUGUGAAAAAUGCAAAUAAAGUCACUUUCACUGACAAUAUCAUCGCUGUGAUAUGUUUUACUAUUUUGAAUCACUAAUAUUUGUGUUCAGCGAAGUCUCCCGAGUAAAACAGUACCCCCCAUGUACAGGUUUUAGGGUGUCGUAGAACGUUACAGGGUAAAAUAUAGUGCUAGCAAAUUAAAUUCUCUGGAAUUUCGGCCUGGGUUGGCAGGCAGGUCCCUCAAAUUGCAAUCAAUAAAAUUACUGAAUUAUGUAAAAAUAUUACAUAAAUACGCACGUAGAAUUUAAAUAUAUAUGCAUAUUUAUAUAUUUGAAGUCUACGUGUAUAUUUAUAUAAUUAUUUAUGUAAUUUUGUAUAUGGGCGUAUGUAUAUUUCUUAUUAUUUUUAUUUAUUUUUAUAUACAUAGAUAUAUAUACAAAUUCAUUCUAAGUGUAUUUUGAUAUAAAUAUAUAUAUAUUAAUUUUAAAAUACAGUUAGAAUAAAAUUUCAUAUAGAUAUAUAAUUUUUUUUAAAAUUUUUAUUAUUAUUUAAAAAAAAUUAUUUAAUUUAAAUUACUUAUUAUUUAUAUUUUAUAAUAAUAUAUAUACAAUAUAUAUAGUUAUUAUAUAUAUUAUAUAUAUACGUGUGUAAUUUAAUUAUAAGUGUAUUUUUAUAUUAAUAUAAGUACAUAUUAAUAUAAAAAUACACUUAGUAUGACAUUAUAUAUAUAUAUAUAUAUAUAUAUAUAUAUAUAUGGACAUAUAUUAUAUAGAUAUAAUAUAUGUCUAUAUAUCAUAUAUACACAUAUAUAAUUAAUUAUUUAUUUUUUAAUUAACAUUAACUUUAUUUAUUUUUUGAUUUUACACCAGCAGGGAGACUGCCUGUCAGCACAGACAGUCCCCCUGCAGGCAGACACAUGGACACCUAUUGUGACCAUGUGAUCACUGUGUUAAGCGAUCACAUGGCCACAGGGGUCCUAAUCUGCCGUGGGGAGACUGUCUGGGCUGCAGACAGUCUCCCCACAACCGGAGCCACGCUGAUCGCCGCCGGGGGAACGACGGCGAUCAGGUAAGUAGCUCUGACCGUUAGGACGGUUCAGGACCGUCAUCGGUCGGCAAUGGAAAAAUGCCGAUGACGGUCCUGAACCGUCCUCGGUCCUUAAGGGGUUAAAAGGGUUUUUCCAUUUAUUUGCUGUAAUUUAUUUUGUUGCAGUCAACAUAUGUAGCAAUAUAAUGUUUUCUCUGUUUUUGUUUUUGUUUUUUUUAAUUCUAGGUAUGUUUAUAUGUAGAAGCAUCAAAUCUGGUUUUAGAAGUAUUUUGGAUUUUAAAAUUGUAUUUAUUUUUUGCACCAACAUCCUGCCAUAAAUAUUUAAUAAUUGAACAAUCCGACCAGAUAUGAAUAAAGUCUGCCGCCUUUUCUCCACAUCUCCAACAAUUAUCAGAUUAAGUAGGGAAUUUAAAAAAAAUCCUUUUAGGGACAAGAUGCCAUCUUUUUAAGAUCUUUAUUGUGUAGCUUGUUUAGAUGUAACCCCUUAUUGACCGCUGACGGUUCAGGACCAUCAUCGGAAAAAUACCCUUGAGGACCUGAACCGUCAUAACUGUAAUAUUUACUUACCCGAUCACUGCCGUUCCCCCGACUGUGAUCGUUGUUGAAUCACUGGCAGUCCACCCUUGGCGAAUUAGGGCCCCGUGCCCAUGUGAUCGCUUUAACAGAGCAGUCACAUGGCUGCAAUAGGUGCCUGUGUAUCUGCCUGCAGCCGCACAGUCUGUGCUGACAGGCAGUCUCCCUGCAUGUUUAAAAUAAAAAAAUGUUAAUAAAUAAAAAUAUAAUUAGGUGUGUGUGUGUUUAUGUGUGUGUUUGUCAUACCAAGUGUAUUUCUCUAUUAUAUUUAUAUAUUAAUAUAAAAAUACACUCAGAAUUAAAUUACACACACAUAUAUAUAUAUAAUAUAUACAACUAUAUAUAUAUCGUAUAUAUUAUAAAAUAUAAAUAAAAAUUAAUUUUAAACUUAAAACGUUACAAAAAAAUUAAAUUAUAUAUGUAACUUUAUUCUCACUGUAUUUUGAUAUUAAUAUAUAUAUUUAUAUCAAAAUACACUUGGAGGUGUGAUUUAGAGAUUUAUGAAAGAUAGUGUUAAAAUCUCACUAUUGAUAAAUUAAAAAAAUAUAUAUUUCGAAACCGCAAUAUCCUACUUGUACUUAUAGCCCUAUAACUUGCAAAAAAAAAGAAUGUAAAUGCUGGGUUUUUAAACUCAGGGCAACAUUUUGAAUCUAUUUAGCAGUUGUUUUUUUUCAUUAGCUUUUGUAGAUGAGUAAAAGAUUUUUCAAGUAAAGCUUGUUUAUUUUUGUUCAAUUUUUCACCAUAUUUUUUUUUUUUUUUUUUUUAAAGUAAAUUAAAUAACAUGAUGCAAAUAAUGGUAUGUAAAGCCCUUCUUUUUCUGGAAAAAAUAUAUAUAAUUUGUAUGGGAAGAGGACAAUUACAGCUAAACACAACAAAAGUGUUAAAACAGCUUUGGUCCUUAACGUACAACAUGGCCAAAACAGUCCGGUCCAGAAGGGGUUAAACAAUGAAGAUUUGUAUUUAGGGUUUGGAUUGAUUUACACCUAUCUUUAUGGGAAAUUUUGUAUACCCAGAUUUCUACUCCAUUUCAAUAGUGCAGAAGGGAAUGAUUUUCUAUUUUAUAUAAUUAUUGUAUUUUUGAAAUUAGGUUUUUAAUGUCCUUAGAAUUAAUGAUUAGUUCAAAGUUUAGUGGGGUGGUUUUUUUUUGUUUUUGUUUUUCUGUUCUUUCGGGAAAAUUAGAUUUUUCAUUAAAAAUUAUCUAACCUUUUAGAUAAUUGAAAAAAAAAUCUUUGUUCACAAAACCUGAAGAUGGUUUUAGUUCUGAGAAAGUUAAAUUUUUUUUCUGAUUCAGUUAGAUCCCCAACAGUUACACGCUAAAGCAUUCUAAUUGCUCUAUUAAACUACUAUCUGAAGGUUUUGGCUCUCUACCAUCUCGGUUACAAUAUCCUUUCUCCUGCUGUUCAUGGCUAGAGAAGACCGUAUAUGCAACUGAUAAAUGUGUUAGACAGAUUGCUGGAGCAAGACCAAGAUUAAAGUAAUUCUGUAUACAUCAUUUUUCAUCCAUGCAUUCACUACACAUGCAAACAGAAGGGAGGUGAAGAUAGUAACGCAAGCCAUUUGUGCCUUAUACUAUUUAACUUUGGGGCAUAUCCCAAAUGCUUGUACAGUUCUGGGGCGCUGUGCUUAAUUCACUGAUCUGAAAUCUAAAUAGAACAAGACAUCGACAUUUCUGAUCUCUUAUGGCAAAGGACUAACUGAAGGUUUAGUUUUACAAUGCAUUGCUCCCCCUUGUGGUACUUACUGGUUAUAGCAGAUUUUUUUUUUUUUCCCCAAAUUUUUCUCUUCCCACCCCCCCACCCCUAAUAUUUUUCUUAUAUUCUGCAAAGAUUGUUGUGUUUUUUUAUUUUUUUUAUUUAUAGUUAAAGAUCACUCUACAACCCUAACCCUCUAAGAAAAUUGUGGCUUGACAGAGCUCUAGAACAAAUUAAAAAGUGAGCCAUAGUUGUUUAAAACCUUUUUGAUUAUUUCACUUGUUUUUUGAGUUUUUUUUUUUGUUGGAAAAAAAUGUCUCUGUAGGGUGCAGCCAGGGCAUUUGACACAAUGCAGCCACUAUGGCUGUGUUUUACAACUCUUCUAAGCAGGUUUUUUUUUUUUUUUUUAAGGGUUACUAUAAGCAUCAUAACCACUACAGCCCGCUGUGGCAGUUUUGAUGUUCGUAGUACCCUGCACCAGUUCGCCAAUAAUGAGUCAAACUGUUUAGCAAAAGAUUUGUUUGUGUCCACUCCAAUGAGCCAAAACCCAAUUUGGUAAUUUGAGAUAAUUGGAAGUUGCCCCUUUCCUUGUUGUGGUUGGAGACAAUGGUAAUGAUAGGAAGUUAAUAAGAGAAGUUUUCUUGAAAAUCCAGUUAUGAAAGGGUGAACCUUUUCAGUGAAUAACAGAAAAUAAUCAGUUUUCCACCAUGUGUUGGGGUAUUGUGCAAGAGUUAUUGGAAAAGUUAAGCAGGCACAUUUUUUUCUUUUUCUUUGUUGUAAUUAGAUGUUUUCAUUUAAUAUAUUGAAUCUCUCUUUCUAAUAUCACCUUUAAAAGUACAAUUAAACUUGCCUUUAUUCCAGUGCUGGGGCAAACUCCUCACUGCAGGCGGAUCCUCCCUCCUUAAAGUCAUCAAAAUUAAUUAUUUUUGUCUUGUUAUAGGGAAGCAAUGUAGAGUCACCAUGAUUUGUCCGUUGCUUGUUGUGGAGAGGCAUUGGGAAAACAUUCAGCAUACUUUGCAUUUAUUGAAUCUAUAUUUGUCUUGAGCUUCUGAUGGCUGUAUCAAUGACUGCCACUAAAAGAUUGGGGAUUGCAAAACAACUGAUGGGCAGCUGCUGCGCAUGCAGGGCAAUGACUGUGCUCGCAUUAGGAUUUCCCCUAUAAUAAUUAUACAAUGCUUUUCUAAGGGGUUCUAGGUAAUGCUAGAUGUCCUCAUGCAUAGUGUGGGGACAUCCAGCGUCAGUCGACCAAAAUUCACCUAACGACUUGGAAGUCUUUCUAAUGGCUGUCUUUUAGACAGUCACUGGAGGUGGAGUUGACCUCAAAGGUAAUUUCAGAAACAUAAAAUCUGGAAAAUUAAAUAUACAAAUGGACUGUGUUGGAAUUUCUCUGAAAUUCCAAUGCAGUCAAAAGUUAUAAGCAACAGGAGCAGGAGAGGAUCCCCAUGAUAGAGAUGGUGCGCCAGAAAAGACACAGUUUCCGGUAAGUAAACCAUACCUAGGGUUGCUGGGGUCUUAUCUGCUUCAUCUAAGUGCAUUCUAUUUGCGUCUGAAUGAUGCAUUCACAAAACUGAAAAAAAGCAGUGGUUAAAAGGGCAACAUUAGAUUUAGAAAAAACAAUGGGUAAUGUUGCAAAGGUCAUUCCCACAAGAGUAGGACAAUUUGGCACUGUGACAGUAUCAUAACCGAUACAGCCCGUUGUAGUGGUUAUGAUACCAAGUAACUGUUUGCACACUUGCCUAGGUCCUCAUCAGCCUCCCGGUCUGCUCUCAGCACUGGUGACCUGCUUCCAGCUUCUGCAGAAGCCGGAAACCAUACCAGUCUCAAUUCAUUGGCUGUCAGCGCUUGGAGUAACCCUUUAAAUGGACACUAUAUAGCAUUAGGUAAACAAAUAUGCAUUCCUAACUCUACUGUACAUAUCCAUAUUGUUAUUCAGUACUGAUAGCCACCAGAGGUGGACUUAAAAGGAAACUGUAGUCACUAUAACCAUUUCAACUCUUUGAAUUGGUUAUCAUUCCUGGAAUCCCCUGGAACUGUCCCUCCAUUCAGUGUUAAACCGUUUUAGAGCAGUUAAAAAAAACAAAUAAGGCUCACUGGAGGUGUGGCUACUGGACACACUAAUUAAAGGACCACUAUAGGCACCCAGAGCACUUCAGCUUAAUGAGGUGGUCUGGGUGCCAGGUCCAGCUAGGGUUAACCCUUUUUUUUUUUUAAAUGUAGCAGUUUCAGAGAAACUGCUAUGUUUAUGUUAGGGUUAAUCCAGCCUCCAGUGGCUGUCUCUUGACAGCCGCUAGAGGCGCUUGCGUGCUUCUCACUGUGAAAAUCACAGUGAGAAGACGCCAGCGUCCAUAGGAAAGCAUUGAGAAUGCUUUCCUAUGGACUGGCUGCGCGCGCAGCUCCUGUCGCGCAUGCGCAUUCAGCCGAAGAGGAGGAGGAGAGCUCCCUGCCCGGCGCUGGAAAAAGAAGUUUAACCCCUUCCUCUCCAUCCAGCCUGGCAGGAGGGGGACCCUGAGGGUGGGGGCACCCUCAGGGCACUAUAGUGCCAGGAAAAUUAGUAUGUUUUCCUGGCACUAUAGUGGUCCUUUAAUUUUUUUAUUUUUUUAAAGUAUAUAAUAAACAGGAUCCUUCAUAUACAUAUCUUGACUCAGAUGUGUUUGAAAACAGUCUUUCCGGUCUUACUUCUGUAGAGGGUGUGAAGCUGGAAUGAUCAUGGAUGCUGUUGGUUUUUAAACCAAAUCCGAAUUAUGCAUUUUUUUUUUUUCUUAAUUUGAAAAAAAAUUUAAUUUGUAUUCCAAGAUCAGGCUGUUCAACAACUUUGGUUUACAUAAAUCAUUCCCACCUUAACACACUUAACACUGUAUUGUUGACAUGGUGAUAUGCCAUCUAUUUCCUAAACCAUUUAAAAAAAAAAUAUAUAUAUAUAUAUUAUGCCUCACAUGUUGUGCAAAUGUUGGUUCUGUACCUAAAAUGGUAAAUCAGACUAUUUUUCUUCUGCUAAUGUACCAAAGCAAUAUCUAUUUGUGUUUGCAUUUGAAAAAGUGUUUUGUUCCAUGCAAGCCAUGUAUCAUUUUGUUUUUAUCCCCGAUAGUAAGUUGGGUUUUAUGCUAGAGCUUUGCUAAAUGGCAAAUGCUGAUUAGAAGUAUUUCACAAAGCCAUGGAUAAAUUGACGUAAUGGAGUUUUUCUCUGGUUUAGUAUUGUUCGUGAGGCAUCUGACAUAGCUACAAUGGACGUUUGUCUGCUCAGCAGAUUAUAAGAAUCUCUGUCAAACCCCACCUCAACCUUCCUUCAUUAGUUUUCCUUGAUUUAUUAUAUAAAACCGUUAAGUGCCUUAAUAUUUGCAUAGGUAAUGGAUGGAUGUCUAUAGCUACAUUGAGUUAUAUUUUGCCUAGAAUUAAUUUAAUCUAAAAUAUGACAGGGUAGUUGCUUGAUACAUUCUACUUAAUUUUAAAGAAUCUAUGGACACCCUUUCUUUUCUUCUGGAAAUUUUAUAUACAGUUUCAGUGUGAAACAUUUUUAUAGAUUAAUCUUUUAGAGGUGUGUAUGCAGCUUCUCAAUAAAAAAAACUGUGCACAUACUUAGCUAUUUAAUAUUGCCAUUGAGGUAAUGUUGCCCAGAACGCUUAGUUAUGAAAUGCAUACACCACUUAGCUGCUGGAGAUGUCACUCCAACGCCGGAAGUAUCUUUAGCCAAUAGCAGCCACCCAGAAUCUGGCUGCAGGAGGAAUGGAGGUUUUUGUUUGUGUUUUUUUUACGCCUUACUUCAAUUUUUUUUAAGGGUAUGGACAACUUCCCAAAGGAUUACUCUAACAAAUAUUAUAUUUUAUUUUUUGAUAUAAAAAGUUUUUUUUGGUUGGAGUAACUCUUUAAACAGCUAUCAUACAUAACUAACUGUAUAUAUAUAUAUAUGUGUAUGUAUGUGUGUGUGUGUAUGUAUGUGUGUGUAUAUAUAUAUAUGUAUGUGUGUGUGUGUGUAUGUAUAUGUGUAUAUAUAUAUAUAUAUAUAUAUAUAUAUAUAUAUAUAUAUAUAUAUAUAUAUAUAUAUAUAUAUAUAUAUAUAUAUAUAUAUAUAUAUAAACAAGAGGGGGUUGGCUGCACUCACCUUAACAUGCAUAAAUGGGGGUGCUGCUGGGGGCCAAAUAAUACAAUACACAAGAUCCAGCGCACUCACCUAUCCACUAAACAGCAACUUCAAUGUUGAAAGAUUUUAUUAGAUUUUUUAAAAAACACCUAAUCUAGGCAAAAAUAAUGGGGGUUUAGCCACACUAUAUGAUCAUACAUUGCAUCAGCCUGCCACAACGUCAAUGUACCCCAUCUUUGGCAGGUCCUAAGAUGGGGUACAUUGACAUUGUGGCAGGCUUAUACAAUGUAUGAUCAUAUAGUGUGGCUAAACCCCCAUUAUUUUUGCCUAGAUUAGGUGUUUUAAAAAAAAUCUAAUAAAAUCUUUCAACAUUGAAGUUGCUGUUUAGUGGAUAGGUGAGUGCGCUGGAUCUUGUGUAAAAUAUAUAUAUAUAUAUAUAUAUAUAUAUAUAUAUAUAAUAUGUGUGUAUAUAUAUAUUACACAUGUUAAUAACUAGACAAUCACUCAUUCUUACAUAAAGUGUAACAACUCUGUCCUUCCCCUGCUUGUGUAGGCAAUGCAUGAUUUUAUGUUGUGUCUAGGAAGGAGUGAACUGUCUGUUUGACUGCUCUCCUGCAUGGCAUAUUUAAUCAUGGCACAGAUUUAUAAAUGUGACCUAUCCCUUCUUUUCAGUACUGUGAAGCAUUACAUCUGCUGGAGGAUGCGGAGGCACCCUGCUCCCAUGUAGCCUGGCAUAAAUAAAAAUUCUUGGUUCCAGGUCCAAUUUCUAGCACCAGUGGUUGUAGUCUAGCAUUAGACAGUGUUGUUUCCUAAAAUAAGAAUUCAAAGUGAGUUUCAAAUUUAAUGCCAGAGUACCCGAACUGAAAGAAUAGCUGACUCACAAAUAUUUUUUUUCAGUUUCGCUGUUUUGACUUGAAAUAUGAAAUUCUUGUUGAAUUAUCACUUUAGUUUAAAAAAAAAAAAAAAACCCUGACAAUAUUCUGUUUGGCUCUAUCACAGAUUUCAGGGUUUCAUCUAGUAAAACCACUGUCUUGAAAUAGGGGUCCCUAUUCUGUGUACGUUAAACAUACCAACCCUACAACUUUAGUAUAAUCUACUCCGCUGUAAGCUUUAUAUAACUAUUUGUGUGGCAGGAUCACUGAACAAAUGACCCAGUGGAACCAACUUAUUUGGCCCCCAACCUAAGUGAUUGCAUCUCACAUACCUCCACAUAUAUUUGCUGAAUUAGCAUUUCUCUGAUGCUAGGGCAGCAUAAAGAGGUUAUCCUUCCAGUGCACCAUACCUAUUACAUCAACUCUGUUUGCGACGGCUCCUUUGCUGCUUUCUAGUAGUGCUCAUUGUGUACGUUGUUGAGGUCUUGAGGGAACUAGAGGCUGACUCCUCCGGGUCCUUUAAAGUGGAUGCAGUACCCUGCCGAGAAUCAAUUGCUUUCAUUUCUGAUUGGGAAAAGAAGUUAAAUUAUGAAAGUCCUAUAUUACACUAAAUAUACCUGGCAGUAUGAAUAUAUAUUGGUACUGUUCAAGUGCCCAUCACAACCCACUUAAUCCUGCAAAUAGAGACUUGAAGCUUUUAAGUGGUUUACUAUGAUUACAGCGGCUCUGUCACUUUUAAGGGCAAAGACAAAAUGAUUUGCCUGCUUUGCGUGUGGCACACACAAGCAGGCAAAGCUAGUCAAUUACUUGAAACACUCCCUUGCAAACUCUUCAGUCUUCUCUUUUUAGCUUUUUGUCUUUAAUCCACUAGGAGCCUGUAUCAUUGCUGUACUCUCCUGCAUGCACAGAAUUGACUUUAGCCAAGAGUUUUGGACUGGCUGACAUGGAGUUACACCUUCACAGCAGCAUUAAAUAUCUAAGUAUUUGCAGCAUUUCAUACUGAAACGUUGCUCAUAUAGGGAGCCUGCUAAACACUGAAGUGGUUGUGGUACUUGGAGUAAGCCUUUUAAAAGCUUGUUUAAAGGGACGCUAUACAAAUUCAGACUACUUAAUCUCAAUAAUAUAGUUUGGGUGCAUUGCCCUUGUUGUUUUAGCCCUGCAGUGUAAAGCUCUGCCAUUUAGUAGAUACGGCAGUGUUUCCAUUGCAGGGCUAAACGGACCCCUAGUGGCUGUCUUCUUGGCAGCCACAAGAGGCACUUCUGCUGUGAGAAUAGUCAGACUCUGCUCUCACAGGUAACAUCCUCCACUACUUGUCAUAGAAAGCAUUUGAUUGAAGGGGCGGAGCACUGGCUGUGCAUUCGCUUCUUGUCCCCAGUGCUCCUCCUUAAGGACCAUUGAAUUGGAUGAGACAAUGAAGAGUCAUGUGAUAUUGCAGGCAACGGAUUGAAGUUCACUCUUACAGGCACUGCCAUCUUCGUUGUCUUCAUCUGCUCUGGCAUGCAUGUAAAUGCAACACGGGUCUGUGGAGGAUCCAGUGGGAGACUCCAUAGACCACCUCUUGUGAUGCGGUCGCCAGUAUAGACUGUGAUACUUGACAGAGGAAGCUCUGCCUUUUUGUCAACUUUGAUUAUAAAACAAGUCCCUCUUUUCUCAUGUAUGGUUUUGAAUGUGUUUGAAUUUCAUUUAAAUUCCAACACAGCCAAUAUGAAUAUUUCAGAUACUGCAAGCAUCGACAGCUCUUUACAGCACUGCUAGAGUGUAAGAAUUGUCCAUAUAGGGGAAAAAUGCAAUUUGAAGGAAAUAUACUGUUGUCUUUUAGAUUAUAUAGGCAUUGUGUGUACACAUAAACUUAUUUAUUUUACAAGUUGAUUCAAGCAGAAUAAGAUCUUAAAAUUCUGCAUGUUACAGAAUGUGUUGGUUUGUUUCAGAUUAUGGCUCCCCACCACGAUUUUCUGCUUAUUUUGGCUUUCUAAUCUACCUAUGUAAUAUCUGGGUAUAUUUUGGGGCAUUGAUGCUAGUAGUGGAAAUUAACACUGUCUAAAAAUCUUACAGAUCCUUUUAGUGAGCAGUAGUCGAUAUCCAGAUCAGUGGAUUGUACCAGGUGGAGGAAUGGAGCCAGAGGAAGAACCAGGCGGUGCAGCAGUGAGAGAAGUAUAUGAAGAGGUAAAAUGUUUGUUGUGCAAUUGCAUCAGCCAUAUUGAUUUUUAUGCAAUAGCAUGGUAAUAUCCAGCAGAUUCUUUACAGCUUGCAGUAAAAAAUGGCUUAAGUGACUUACAUGCAUAGUGUUGUAUGCCAUAAAUCAUUAACUCAAACCAAAAUGAAAUAACAGCAGCUGAAUUAGCAAUGCUAUCUAAAAGCAUCUUAAAAUUGUAACUUAAUCUUUACUACACUGAACCUGCUGUAGCCACCACCUGUAUGACCUUGACCCAGCUGCCUUUCCUGUCCUCGUGGUGUCUGAGGAAAGAUUAAGUGUAACAUUUUCUGCGCAUUUAUUUUAUCUGAUGAUAAUUUGGUUAAUUAAUAACUUUGUGGGAAAUUUUUGCAAUUCCAUAUAACUUAUUUUUACAGGUCAAUGGGAAGUCCAGUGGGGAUUUCUUUAUCCAUUUAAGUAUUAUAAAAUUACAUUUUUAUGCUAUUGUGUGUCUGAUAUGAUAUGGCUAGUCUGUGCUAAAAAAAUAUAAUUCCUUAUUUGCUAUCAGAGCCGUAAAGACUUGUCAGGAUGUAACUGUAGGUGAUCAGAUUAUUCACUCUGUGUCCUAUGCUGCAGAGCAAACAAAGCUUUCCUUUAUUCAUAGCAAUUUAGAGAAUACAGAAACUUUAAACACUCUAUCACUAGCACGGAAAGUGAGCGUUCUAAGAUUGUUUUGCACGUUAAUUAGUAGAAAAGAUUUCCCCCUUGCAUGUGCCAUGUCCUUUAUUUAAAUGAAUGAGACCCUGGAUUUAGUAAAGAUCACUUGACCAGGGUGUCACAGGAGCCUCAGAAUAGGAAUAUAUCAUCUUAAAUAGACUAAGACCUGAAUAAUUAUGGAAACCAUCAAAACCACCCUGAAGUGUUUCUUUAUGUAACAAAACAACUUUGAUUUAAUUAAAGCAGCACUGUCAUGUCGAACUUGCCUUUCCCCAGUCGACUCGUCUUCUCUACCUCUGUCAGGAUCUGUUCAUUUCUUCCGGUCUGCUCUAGUUUUCUUUAAAACAUAAGACAAAGUAGGGACUACUUGCCUGACCAGCAGAGGAGCAAAGUGUGCUUCAUUUCCUGUGCUCAGAGCAAUUUUCCCACAAUUCUCACCUUUGAUCCGUGAUCUUGCGAUGCUUCCUGUCAGUAUUCUCAAACGUCCUGUCACUUAGACAGAAGGCCGGCGGAACUACCGAACUAACAGAAUGAGAAUAGUUUGUUCAUUCAUGUUGGGACACAAUGAAUGAAUGAAUGAAACUCCGAUCCUAUUUGUGCCACUACUGCAGCUACUCAGGGAGCUAUCUACCUAAAGGCUGAAAGACCAAGAUUGGUCUUUCAGCCAAAUUUACGAAUGCGAAGUAAAGAUUACUUAGUAUUAGUAAAUUCUGCCCCUACUCACUAUGACGCGAAUAGGGGCAUGUCUAUUAAACAGUGAGCAGCCUCAAUUAAUGGCCCCAUGAUUGUCCUCCCUAGCGGCCCCCACCCCUGAGCGGCGGGUGGAGGCACUAAAUAAUGAGGACCUAUUGUCCUUCCGCCACCGGCCCCCACCCCUGAGCGGCGGGUGGGGGCCCGAAAUGUAAAUGUUAACCCCCCCCCCAGGUGACUAGAAGGCCCCUAGUCACUCCACCCCCCCUUUUAUUGAGGGGGUGGGGGUUUAAUUAUUUUUUUUACAGUGAGCAACAACAGGCUGCUCACUGAAUAGACAUGCCCCUACUCUCAGCAUAGCGAGUAAGGGCUGAAUUUACUAAAACUAAGUAAUCUUUACUUAGUAUUCGUAAAGUUGUGGUCUUUCAGCCUUUUGGUAGAUAGCUCCCUGAUACAAAUAGGCUCAGAGUUUCAUUCAUUCGAAUUAAAUGCCGGCCCGAACAAAGUCCCGAAUUGCGUUUUAACACGAACUGUUCGAAUUGCGUACUAACAGAAUGAGGUCGUUUCGCUGGCCUUCUGUCUAAGUGACAGGACGUUCGGGAAUACUGACAGGAAGCAUCGCGAGAUCACGGAUCAAAGGUGAGAAUUGUGGCAAAAUUGCUCUGACCACCGGAAAUGAAGCACACUUUGCUCCUCCGCUGGUCAGGCGUAGGAAACCUCCAUAAGACAAAGUAGUCCCUACUUUGCUCAAGUUGUCUUUAAAACAUAAGACAGACUUGAAGAACAGAUCCUGACAGAGGUAGAGAAGAGGAAUCGAUUGGGGAAAAGGUAAGUUCGGCAUGACCGUGCCGCUUUAAGGUGUUGUUGGUGUAUAGAUCAUCCCUUUGCAGUCAUACUUCUCAAUUCUCUGCCAUUAUGGAGUUAAAUCACUUUGUUUAUGCAGUCCUAGCCUGAGACUCCGCCUUGAAAAAGAUGAUGAUGAAUGCCACAAGGGAUAGGUUCAGAAAAACUAACUUUCCCUGCCAGGGGGCAAAAUCACCAUCAGGGGUCAUUGCAUAUUUUGCCAAGACCCCACACGAUGACUGAGCUGCUUUAAUAUUUGUCACUGCAAGUGCAAAAUAAACCCUAGAGUAUCUUUCAUACUGUGCUCUGACAUGAAUGUUCCUUGUUUAACAAUCUUUAUAGAGCCUGCAUCUAAUUCAUAAUAUUUCUUUGAGUGUUAGGGUUAAUCAUAAAGUAAUAGUGGGAGAAAUUUCUAUAAAAGUCUAACAAUCGUCAUGGAAUCCAGUGUUAUACUACUGCUUAUUGCUCUGUUUUUUUAACUUUAGCUUUCAUUUUCCUUACAAACUUGUGUGCAUACUUAACCUUUCUGGAAAAUCUUACAGUAGAGUGUAAUAUACAGUGUGACUGCUUCAUGAUGAAGAGAUAUGGAUAUUUUCAUACAUACAGCAGUUCACUUUCAUAAUGCACAACUCCGUGUUAAAUGUGCACAGGUCUAGUUUGUGGCAUGCUAGCAAUGAUUGGCGUACUGUUCAUUGGGCUCUCAUGUUGAAAACGUGAUGACAAUACCUGUAAUUACUGUGGUGAGUUUAUCAUCUCUAGUAAGAAAAAUUGAGGAUCUAUUUACAAAUAAUAUUUAGAGUCAUAUCCUAUAUAAGUUCUUUCUUCAUACUGGAGAGAACCUAUUUCAAAAUGCCUGGUAGACCUCUCCAACAGGUAGUCCCCAGUAAUGGUUUUCGCAAUACAAUUUUGUGGGGCUGCAAUUGUUUUAUCUUCUACUUUAGCCGAGCAAGAGAGGUGUAAGAGAAUAUGGAGAACAGAUGACAGCACGAAUAGCUUGGAUCUCCACUUAGUUAAUGCUCAAGCUGGUUUUAGCUCAUCUUCUGCCAUUACUUGCAUAUCUGACUGAUUACCCUUAUAAGGGUGGUACAAAUCCAAAAUGCAGGCCGUCUCAUUGUGCACUUGAGAUACAGCUACACCAGACAAAAAUUUCAGCUUUGUUAACCCUCAUCUUUGUAGCCAAUAUACCCCUCUGUACACAGUGAGCAGGGGCAUCCACAGCUGGAUUACCCUUUUACCUUUUGGAUAGGAAAAAAUAAGGUGCAAAACAAUACUGAGUCUGUUUGCUGUAUGUCUAUGUAAGGAUUUAAAAAAUAAAUAAUUAAGCAGUCUUGUGUAUAUUUCAGUCUUUUCUUAAUUGCACCGUUCCUUAUACUAAUUGUAUGUUUAAAAUUUCUUUUUAGGCUGGGGUAAAGGGGAAGUUAGGAAGACUUCUGGGAAUAUUCGAGGUGAGUAAUUGUUUUACUUAAAUAAUAAAUUACUGCUUAAUCUGUGAAAUAUGCCGACAUUUGAUUUCUCUUUGGCACUGUUCUACAACACACAAGAAGGAAUUAGAUAUAGUCUGGAUCUCAAAUGUUUUAUUUUGUGAGUAACAAGGGAGCCUAAAAUUUGUAUCGCUAAAAGAUGUUCCUAGGUAUGUGCAGCACUUUGUCUCAAACAGCAUUUAUGCUAAAAAUUAGAUAAUUAGAGCAAUAAGUCAAUGAUGUGUGUUAAGAGAGAUCUUUCCAGUGUGCAAGUCAGAUGUAGUAAAAGAAAAACAGGAUGGCCCUCUAGUUUGCCUUAUCUACAAGCAUGCAACCUAGUGCGAAUUCCAAUAUUAUGUUUGCAUGCUAAUGAUUUUCAAGCCCUUAGAAUCUAAAAUAGAUGACUGCUUUCCGCUGGGCAAAUUCAUUACAGAACGUAUGUUAAGUCAUAGAAAUUGCAUUUACAUUAAAAUUAAAAAUAAUUCAAAGUGUUUAACUGAUUUAUUUUCUUCUUUUUAAGCAGAACCAAGAUAGGAAGCAUAGAACGUAUGUUUAUGUUCUCACAGUGACAGAAGUACUGGAAGAUUGGGAAGAUUCUGUGAAUAUUGGUACGACGAUUACCCUUUUGCCAUUCAUUUAGUAGUAUUCAGUGUUUCAAAUACAAUCAUUAAAAUGUGAAGCAUUGUAACCAUUAAUCCUAAAUCCUUAUUUUUUCACAGAAUUUUAACUCCUCUUGUAAUCAUAAUAGCCUCAGAGGUAGAUAGAGGGGUGUUUCAGGUGUCAAUAGAUCAGGGAUUCAGCCCAAGGGUACAUUUUAUGACUCCUUCCUCAAAUAAUGGCUUAAUCCCUUCCUACUAUGAAUAUACUGUCUCAGAAGAUCAACCCUAACCUAUUCUAUAAAUAACAUUGUGACGCCAAACCUUUGAAUUCAGAAUAUUACAUGAAUGUAUACCGGUAUUUAUAAACUCCAUAUCUGCUGUACUUAGUCAAAGCCAUGCUGUAUUAACCUUUUAUCCCAAUGUAUUAAACUUCUGCAUCCACAGCAGUGAUCUGUAUAGUUAAGUUCAAAUAUUGUACAUUAAAGUGACACUGUCCCAAAUUAUAUAAUUGAGAGGUUUCAUUUCGCUGUCCAUAUUGCAUGUGAAGAAGCGUUAGCAAUGAGAUGGUGUCAAAAGUAAACCUGGGACAUUUCAGUCAAGGGUCCAACCCGUCAGGUUCCCCAGUAACACACCUAGGUAGAAGUAAAUUGAGGACAGUAAAUCUGCAUUUUUGUGCGAUUUGCAUAUUUAUUGGGUACAGUUGGGCAAAGCCUAGAAGUCAAAUAAGUAAUUAUCAUUCCUAAAAUAUUAGCUGUUGUAUAUUUCCGGUAAUCUUGAGGUAUUUUAGGAAUUCCUGGAGGGGGUCCUGCAUGUACAUUUUUAUAAAAUAACUCUAAUAUUAAGAGUCAAACCAUGUAUUCCUAGCAUUAGAAUGUUUCUUAAGGUAAUUAUGUUUGUAUGUAAACUAAAGUGCUUUAAUUGCUGGAUAUUGCUUAAUGUUUGCAGAUGUUGAUUUUUCAUUUUCUUAAGAGAAGUAGAAUUAUGUUCCUCUGGAGGGAUUGGUGUGACCAUAAUUAUUUUAUUAAUAGUUUGUAGACAACUAGAAAUCUGUGUUUAAAUUUACUUAGCCAUGCACCUGCAAUGCUCAGUCCUGUAAAAAGUGACUAUUCCGAUGCAGUAGGUCAGAUACAAAAUGUUAAAGAAAAUAUUCAAAGCCAUUCUGAGAGGUUUUUUUGUCAGUGUGAGUAGCUAGACUUAGUAUAUCAAGAUAUUUUAUUAUAUGUAGUGUACUAGAUGCCUUAUGUGUAUACUUUUAGGUCACAUAAUACUAGUGUUGCAGGUGGCAUCUACAUCACAAAUAAUCUGACUGACAUAUUUAUCUUUAUUUUGUUCAGGAAGGAAAAGAGAGUGGUUCAAAGUUGAAGAUGCCCUCAAGGUCCUCCAGUGCCACAAGCCAGUACAUGCAGAAUACUUGGAAAAAUUGAAAUUGGGGUGCUCCCCAACAAAUGGAAAUUCAGUGGUUGCCCCUUUAUCAGACAGCACUGCUCUGUAUGUUACUUCUGCACAGACUUCUGGGCUCCCAUCAACUGUGAGAUAA